AUGGGGCUCACAAAACUAGUUUUCACCUCGACACUAUCUUUCUUGUUUCUCGCUGCUUAUUCCGCUCCCGAGCCACAAGGCCUCAAACAAACAAUCAAAGGCGCCUACUAUCCUUCAUGGGCCCAAAACAUGCCCCCGUCCAACAUCAACACCGACUACUUCACCCACAUCUUCUACGCUUUCCUCGUCCCCAACAACACCACUUUCACUUUCGACAUCACGCCCGACCUCGACAAGUCUCUCAAAACCUUCACCGCAGCCCUCCGGGACAAGAAUCCCCCCGUGGGGGCUCUCUUCUCCAUCGGAGGCGGGGGUGUGGAGCCAUCGCUCUUCUCGCGCAUGGCCUCCAGCCAGAACAACCGUGCGGCCUUCAUCCAGUCGAGCAUAAAGGUGGCUCGCAAGUAUAAGUUCGCCGGGUUCGACCUCGACUACGAGUUCCCGCAGAACACGUAUGACAUGGCGAACCUCGGCCACCUCCUAAAGGAGUGGCGAGCCGCGGUGAAGGCCGAGGCGUCCCAAACCAAGCUGCAGCCCCUCCUUAUAACUGCCGCCGUGUACUACUCGGCCGGCCCGUUUCUGUCCGGGCCCCCACGGAGCUAUCCGGCGGCCCAGAUCCAGGAGAGCCUCGACUGGGUCAACAUGAUGGACUACGACUACCACGGGUCGUGGGACGCGAACGCCACGGGGGAACAUGCGCAGCUGUACGACCGGACGGGGGGCAAACUGAGCACGAGCUACGGGGUCGAUUCGUGGAUCCGGGCCGGGGUGUCACCCAACAAGAUGGUGAUGGGGUUUCCGUUGUAUGGGAAGACAUAUACGCUCAAGAACAAAACCAUGAUCGGGAUCGGGGCACCUGCGAAGGGCGUGGGGCCCGGGGUUGACGGCAUCAUGACUUACAGCGAGGUGGUGGAUUUCUACAUGAAGUUGAGGAAGAAGAGGAAGAAUAAGGUCGAGGUGUUCUUCGACGCCAGAAGCGUGUCAAUGUAUGCAGUGGCGGGUAAGGUUUGGAUCGGGUUUGACGGUUUCCAAUCAGUUUUCGCCAAGGUUCAGUACGCCAAGGAUAAAGGAUUGCGCGGCUACUUCUUCUGGGCUGUCAAUGGGGACUCCAACUGGACUCUGUCUAGAACCGCUUCGGAAACAUGGAAGAUUGCCUGA